AUGUCUUCAGAUAGAUUGGUCGACUAUGUCUUUAUUGCCGGUCUGCCCAACGACUUUCAUAUAGAUCUACUGGAAAAGUCACCGCCCGACCUUGAAUUCAAAUCCAAAGACUUGCACAACGCUAAAUCAAACGCUUCCACAACCCAAAGUCACAGUGAUGACGCAGAGUUAGCUGAAGUCGCGAGUGAGCAUUCCGCUGACAUCUUGUUCGAGAACAUACGCUCUAGCAUCUCGCGUUUCGACCACGAACGCGAUGAAUUUUUAAAGGCGAUUGGACGAGCUUCUAUGUCCAAGAUCCCAGAAGACACUCAUGGUGAUAGAAUUUCGUUUAUCAACAGACACAAUUCAACGUCGCGUGGGAGAUCGUUAUACAUGGGUAAUAGCUUAAAGAAUGUAGACGAGAAUUCGUCGGAUCUAACGCACCAGAAUAAUCUUAUUGCAGAGGAGAAUGAACAGCGUCGAACGUCAUAUUUGAAUGUGGCACCUAUUUCGCAAGACAGUGAAGCAACUAAGAAGGAGAAUCAUCCGUUGAAACUCAAAUUUAGCCCACGUCUUCUUGCUCGUUAUCCGCAAACAGAUUAUUCGAGCCAAGAAGAUUUUCCCUCUUAUAUACCUAUGUUUUGCUUUCCGAAUGAUAUAACUAUAUGCGAAAGCGAAGAAAUUCCUUCUGCAACUUAUCACGGUUUUGUAAUGACUCAAGAAGACGGAUCGAAGCGUUAUGGUGGUUGUCUGACUACUUAUGAAUCGUUGCCUGAUCGACUUGUCAAGGAGGUUAAGGCCCUGCACGAUCAGUGGUGUCAAGAAAACUUGACGGUCAAUGAAAUCGACUAUUGCGCCCAUCUCGCCGAGAAAAUUCGAGACGAAAAACAACGAAUAAAGUUGGCACAAAUGAAAAUUUCCCAACAUGGAGCACAGAUGACGUCACAGGCGCUUGCUGAGACCGAGCGAGAAAGAGCUGAGGCAGAAGAGAAACUUGCAUUGUAUACCCAGCUUUUGCAACCGACUAAGCUUGGUGUUAUAGAUACCAGCAAUCUAUGGAUUCCAAAAUGCAUCGGAGUGAUAUGUCAGUUACCUUGGCAUGAUGUUAUGAGAGACUGGCUAUGUGCUGUCGCGUGUCCGUCGGUUGAAGGAUUGAAACCUAGCAAACAACAGAAUCGUAAUUUGCCGUUAGAAAGAUAUAUUAUCAACAUUGUUCAUGAGGUACCGCUUCCCCCUCCCGGUAGACUUCAAGUUGCUAUCACUGUUGAUGAUACGCAACUCUUUUGCUCCAGGCCUGCACUAAAUCAAAUCCCUAUAAUGAAGGAUUUUUCGCUAUAUACCCUUUUCCGCAGCCUUUCUGUCAAAAAUAUCUUGACAUUGUUUGAGGUUGCGCUAGCAGAAGGAAAAAUACUUUUGAUAUCAUCUUACCCAGAUAUGUUAUUUGUUGUGGCUCAUAGCAUAAGCUAUCUUAUUUAUCCGCUCUCCUGGCAAGGGGUUUUCAUUCCAAUACUCCCAGCUCGAUUAAUAGGAUGUGUGCAGGCACCUGUACCGUAUAUAAUGGGCAUUGAACGUCAAUACAAGGGAAUGGAUCUACUUCCUGAAGAUGCUUGUAUUGUGGAUCUUGACAAAGAUUGCAUAAUGAUUGGUGAAAUGCCCUGUCAGAUCCCACCACGACAAAAACGUAAAUUGGUACAAUCCCUAGAAGCUUAUGCUCCUCUGCAUUCCCAUUAUAACAUUCCAUUUGGUCCACCUCUUUAUCUACAGCAAGCAUAUCCGCACAAUCGAUUUAUGCCAGUUUCUGAAAAAUCAAGAAUUUUUGAACAAAAUAAGCGAAUCACUUCAGUUGUGGGAAUGCCAGUUCGAUCAAAUCCCAUGACAUUUGCAGUAUCAAACAGAAAUAAUCAUCGCAAUUCUGUAAUGGUGCCUGAUGCUUACAUUCCUCCAGACGUUGGAAUACCGCCAACUGUCCAAUAUGCUUCCAAUAGGUUCUCAAGAUCCAAUUUUUCGUUACAGAGUGUCCCUGCACCUGGUUAUCAAAGGCGCUUUUCCACUUUUACUGCAGUGGAAGGCCGUGACAAGAGUGUCAAAAGUGAAAGGAUUUUUUCAGCAACAGAAAAAUUUAACAGGAAGCCAAAAGAUCGCUUUGGAACACUGAACAGUGCGCGUAAUUCUAUUCUGGCAUUUGGCAGCAAAACACUGAACCGUCAAAGUGUAUUUGGUCUGAAGAACAGUGGAAUCAAUACCAAAGGAAAUAUGCGUAUUCCCGAAUCAGUGCAGCACGAUAAUCUGUCAUUAUAUGAUGAUGCGUCAAGCAUUUUACUUGAUCCGUCUGAGCGUAUACCAACGGAUCACAAAUUUUUGCCCAGAGAGGGUCAUUUGAUGGUUGAGAUUGAGGAUGAUGAUAGUAGCGAAAACGGAAUUACCACUUGGAUGUUGGAAGGGCUUGCGUGUGGUAUCUGCAAAGAGAGUUUGGGAAUAAAUACUGUUUUCAAAUGUGAAGGUUGCUCGAUGGUGGUACAUGAAGAAUGUCUUGAUGAUAUUGCUUAUCCAUGCAUGCCAGCAUGCUUUGAUGAACAAAAAGUGCAUGACGCCUUUCUACGCGUCUUUGCCUCCUUAUUUAGCAACUAUAGAAAUUUUUUGGCAACCCAACUCGGCGGUGUUGGUGACAUUCAUAAAGAUGGAGAUCAUGAUAGACGUCUCACAAUCUUAAUGGAGGAUAACGAAGUGUUUAAGAAAGAUGCAUUUCUCAAAUUAGCAGAGAAAGAAGCCAAGCCAUUCCUAUCCAGAUUGGUCGAUUCACAAGCAUUCUCCCAUUUCAUUUAUGAACGGGUGGUGUCGCCUCCGGAUAAGCACGAUAUUAGAUACUUUGACGAGAUGAUUACUGCAAAGCUGAAUAGAUCAAAGUUGAGGCUUGCGAAAGAAGCGACGUUUUUCCUUGAUGAUACCUCUUAUGCAGUUACACAAACCCUCCGAGCUGUGCAACCGAAAGCCGGUGAGCUUGACGAUUCACAAGUUGAGAGUAAGAAGACCUUACCAUCUUCCUUCAAUCCUCGAUUAAUGUACAAACCAAGACCACGGCAAUCAUUACGUCAUUUAAUGUAA